GCAUUAGCUUUACGUUGUUAAGUCAAUUAGGUAUAGGUAUCUGAUUGGAGUGAUAAUAUCAUGAAAUAUUUGUACAUUAUUGCAUUUACAAUUUUAACAAUCUCAAAAUGGGUAUUGGCUUCCAGAAUAAGCAGAACAGGACCAUUACUUGAAGCAAUAUUAGCAAAUCCAAGGCUGUAUUUGGACGAGCGCAAUGAAAAACAUAUUUUUGCAUCAGAUGGUAAAGAGCUGAUACAUCUUGGUGUACCUAGCAAAUAUUACUUUGGAACCCCUGGUAUACUACCUUACAAAUACAGCAAAAUAAAUGUAUUUGAUACAGUUAAAGAACCAGGGGUAAUUCCAUAUAAUUUGGCACCACUAUUGGCAAAAACCUAAUAAGCGUUAGUCAAUAUUAAAAAUAAGUAUAUGAAAAAAAAUGCUUUUAUUUAAAUCGUUUUCUUGCAAAUAUUUGAUUCAUGGAUUAAAUUUGAUAAAUUUUAUUUUAUGACUCAAUAAAGGUCUAAUUCAGUAAGCGGGGAAGAAUGGAUCGGAAACACGAAC